AUGCAAAAUAAAACCAAUAAGUAUAAUUUAAGGCCGCUACCCGGGGGUCGCCGGGACUCAAUUAGAAAUAAUAAUAUUAAUAACCAAACUGACAGACAGACUGACAAUGACAAUAUUAGCUUAAAUUCUUUGACAUCGCUAUCAGUAACUGAACCAUAUAGUCCCUCAACUAGCUCGUACAGACCUACACCGGUGUCUUUCGUGGAUGAAGAUUCACACGAAACACCGAAUCCAACCUUAGCUGUUACGCAGGAGGUGAAUGCCUUUUUACCUGCGUCCACUAAGAGUGGAAAACCUAGAGUACGCAUGAGGUGGAGUAAAGAAGUGAACCUAUUCAUCAUGCGUACGUACUACCAAAUCACUAAAUUAGAGACAGACAUGACAACAUAUAGGAAACAAUUACACGAACUUUUUACACGACACUAUCCCGAUAUCAACGUUACUGAACAACGAAUUGCCGAUCAAAGAAGAACAAUUGUUAGAAAUAAACUUCUAACCGAGGAAACACUACACAUAUUAAAAGAAGAAAUACGAAUGCAACUACAGCAAAAUGAACACAUCUACGAGUAUAUAGAAAAUAAUUCGAAUCCUCAACUUCACAAUACUCAAUCAGUAACAACAGCAUUACCUACACAGUCACAACCACACACAAUCACACAAUCUUCACACAUAUCCACACAACCUGAGACUAUAACUUUAACCCUUGAGAAUGAUAUAGAGAUUAUGCAAAACGUUAACCCCUCAUCAGAUAAUAUACAAAAAAUACAAGAAAAAUUUAGAACAGCAUUAGCGUUAUAUUCUAGAAUGGAUCCAAUCACUCGACCAAAAUUGCCUAAAUUAAAGUACAGUAGGAAACUUAGUGAAUUAACACACGUUUUUAAUCAUAACAUACUACACCAAUUUUUAUCCGAAGAUACACAAUUAACAGAUAUUCAUACCUUAAUAUACUGCACAGCGUUAGUUAUAAGUGAAGAACUAAAUUAUAAAAUAAUAGAUCACCCUAGAAAUAUACUAAGAAAGAAUAGUAAACCUCCAUGGCAAAUAAGACUAGAAAAAGACAUUGAACAACUUAGAGCAGAUUGCGGCAGACUUACCCAAUAUAUCAACAACAACAGGUCAAACAAAAUAGUUAAGAGAGUAGAACAAAUUUUUAGAAGACAAUGCACUCACACUAGACACGAAAAUAAUAAUAGAAAACCCGAAGAAUACCUAGACACAUUAAAACAAAAAUUAGCACUUAAAGUACAUCGACUGAAAAGAUAUAAAAAAGCACAACUGCGUAAAAAUGACAACAUGUUAUUCACCCUCAAUGAAAAAUCAUUUUAUAGAAACCUAUCGAAACCACAAACUGCUACAACUAGACCCGAAAACAUAGACAUUCCUACACAGACACAACUUGAAACAUUUUGGUCAGGUAUUUGGGAAGAACCGGUACAACACAAUGAUAAAGCAGACUGGAUUACAGAAGAAGAAAAUAAAUGGAAUUCAAUAGAAGAAAUGGAAUUUGAUUGUAUUACAGAAGACGAUAUUGCGCACGUAACAGGUAAACUACACAACUGGAAAUCUCCUGGCAUAGAUAAAAUACAUAAUUACUGGUACAAAAAGAUAACAUUAUUUCACAAACCUAUAGCCAAAAACUUAACAUAUAUAAUUCUGGGGAAACAGAAUAUACCUGAAUUUAUAGGUAUGGGUAUAACAUAUAUGCUGCCAAAAACCGCACACUCACCACAGCCUUCUCAAUACAGACCCAUAACAUGCUUACCUACUAUAUAUAAAAUUCUUACAUCAGCAAUAGCCCACAAAAUUAAUAUGCACAUUGAACACAAUCACAUAAUAGCAGAAGAACAAAAAGGAUGCAGGCGGGGACACAUGGGAUGCAAGGAGCAGCUGAUCAUAGACUCUACUAUCCAUAAACAUGCUACUACAAAAAACAGAAACUUACACUGCACUUACAUAGACUAUAAGAAAGCGUUUGACAGCAUCCCACAUUCUUGGCUUUUAAAAAUUUUACACAUCUAUAAAAUUAACCCUAAAAUCACAGAUUUUAUGCGCGAUAUUAUGAGCCAUUGGAAAACCACAUUACAUCUAAAUAUGAAUGAUAGAACAGUCACGACCCGACAAAUCUCUAUAAAAAAAGGUAUAUAUCAAGGUGAUUCCUUGAGCCCCUUGUGGUUCUGUCUUGCCUUGAAUCCCUUGUCUCAUUUGCUGCAGCGAUGUCAGGCAGGAUAUCGUCUGAGGAAUUCUACAGAAGAAACUAUUAUUUCUCAUCUCAUAUACAUGGACGAUAUUAAACUAUAUGCAAAAUCCGACAAAGAAAUGACAAAACUAUUACAAAAUACAACAAAGUUUAGUAAAGAUAUAAAUAUGGAAUUUGGACUGGAUAAGUGUAAAACGUUACACAUAAUCAGAGGGAAAAUACGCCCUGGGGACUACGCAGUGGAUGAGUCAAGUACGAUAGUAGCUAUGGAGUCAACAGAUUUAUACAAAUAUUUAGGUUAUAAACAACUUAAAGGGCUAGAUCACACCUCAAUAAAACAAAUAUUAGCUACUGAAUAUAAAAGUCGAACUAACACUUUAUGCAAAACCCAACUUUCUGCUAAAAAUCUGAUAAAAGCAUUAAACACAUACGCUAUUCCAAUACUAACCUACUCAUUUGGCAUUAUAAAAUGGACAAAAACUGACAUAGAGCAAAUAGAACGAACUACACGCACUACAUUAACCAAACACAACAACCUACACCCUAAAUCCGCCAUAGAAAGACUUACUAUCAAAAGAGAAAAUGGUGGCAGGGGUUUAAUAGAUAUUUAUCAUCUUUGGCAAAAACAAGUUUAUAAUCUAAAGACAUUCUUUCGCACAAAAUCACACACAAGUAACAUCCAUAAAGCCAUAACUCUAAACGACUACAAUUUCACACCACUAAACUUAAAUGAUCACACUGGAAUACACAACCCUAAUAACAUAGACCCACAGGCAGACAAAAUAGAAAACUGGAAAAAAAAGGUACUACAUGGAAGACACCCUCAUGAUUUAGAGCAACCCCACAUUGAUACAAUAGCGUCAAAUUCAUGGCUUAAAAUUGGUAACCUAUUUCCAGAAACAGAGGGAUUUAUAAUAGCUAUACAAGACCAAAUAGUUAAUACGAAAAAUUAUAGAAAAUAUAUAAUCAAAGAUGCAACCGUUACAGAUGAUAAGUGCCGAAAAUGCCACAUUCAAUCUGAAACCAUUCAGCACAUUACUGGAGCAUGCAUUACCCUCACACAAACGGAUUAUACACAUAGACAUAACCAAAUAACUAACAUCAUCCACCAAAAAUUAGCACUCAAACAUUAUCUUAUACAAAACACAAACACACCUUACUACAAUUAUACUCCUCAAUCUGUAUUAGAAAGUAGCUCACACAAACUUUACUACGACCGCGCCAUCCUCACAGAUAGAACCAUCCACUAUAACAGACCAGACAUAACCCUACAAGACAAAAUUAACAAAACCACCUACCUAAUUGAUAUUGCAGUACCGAAUACACACAAUCUACAGAAAACCAUCACAGAAAAAAUUAGCAAAUACACAGAACUAAAAGAAGAAAUAAUACGAAUCUGGAGACAGGAGAAAGUUUACAUAGUACCCAUAGUUCUAUCUACCACAGGAGUUAUACCUAAACAUCUUCACCAUAGCCUUAAAUUAAUCAAUUUAAAUGAAUCCGUGUAUUUUAACCUACAGAAAGCAGCAAUAUUGAACACUUGCCGAACAGUCAGAAAGUUCAUGGAUAUUGAAGAGAACGGAACAGCACAACACACACAGCAACCACCAUCUACAUCUACAUAA